AUGGGCGUCAACGGGCUAUGGAAUGUCCUGCGACCAGCAGCCCAACCGCGCUCGCACUACCACCUCGCCGUCGUCGACGGAUUCGAAGCCAACACCUCCAACUUUCGCGGCUUCCGCAUCGGCAUAGACGCCUCCAUUUGGUUCUUCCACGCAGAGGCCGGACGCGAGGGCGAGAACCCGGAACUGCGCACUCUGUUCUUCCGAUGCGCGCGGUUGUUGAAUAAACCCUUCUUGCCGGUGUUCGUGUUCGAUGGACCGAAGAGGCCGAAUGCCAAGAGGGGGAAGAGGAUCGACAAGGGAAGCCAUUGGAUGGUCGUUGGUAUGAAGAGGAUUAUCGCGGCUUUUGGGUUCGAGUGGAGGAUGGCGCCUGGUGAAGCCGAAGCUGAACUCGCAUAUUUGAACAGCAUCGGUCAGAUUGACGCUGUACUUUCUGACGAUGUCGACACCUUCCUCUUCGGCGCUACAAUGGUUGUCCGCAAUUGGAGCAACACACUCUCUGCCAACAUCGCACACCCAGUCCUCAAUUCCGACGGUCGCGACGACAAAGAACACUCGCACAUCUACAAAGCUUCUGACAUCCUCCACCACAGUCAGAUCCAGCUCACGCGUGGUGGUAUGAUUCUCAUUGGUCUCCUGAGCGGAGGCGACUACUCCGAAGGCGUGAAAGGCUGCGGCAUGAAGACCGCUCAUGGGCUCGCACAAUGCGGCUUCGGCGACGAACUCUUCGAUGCAGUCCAGACACGCUCACGGGAUGACCUCCCGGCCUUUCUGGUGGGAUGGAACUCUCGCCUUCGCGAAGAGCUCAAGACGAACUCCAAGGGCAUGCUCGACAAGCGAAUGCUCAAACUUGCGCGCGAAUGGCCUAAGAAGUUUCCCGACCUCGAAGUUCUAUACCUCUACACCGACCCCGUCACAUCUAAAACGGACGCAUCAGCCCGACGCACACAUACCCCGCUCGAAUGGAAGAAAGAGCCUGAUCUCAGCAAGAUCGCGAAUGUGUGCGAGAUGUACUUCGAGUGGGGGUUCGAGGAGGUCAUUAUCAAGCGCUUCAGGACUGUGCUGUGGAAUGGCGCCGUCCAGCGCGUGUUCCGCAGGGCGGCGUUGGAGGACGAUGCGAGGAAGCGUGGAGAGAGGACUGUCACGGGGAAACAGACUUCGCCUGCUGGCGUGGACUACAUUGGCACGCCAUUCGCGCUCAUAAAACAAUACUUCUCCGAAGAAGCUGUCGAGCGGCCCGACAGCGAUCUCAUCAACCUGAUUCAUGGCGUACGCAGUCACGCUAUGAUUGACCAUCUUCUCGAGUACCGGAUAUCCAUCAACCCCGAAACCCUGGUCAAGAUAUGUAAAGCCGGAUUGAAGGGUACUCGUCCGCCCAUCCAUACGACCCUCGACGUGCUGCCGGAUGCUGCUGAUGAUGAUAGAACGGGGAAGAAGAAGCGCGCGCCGAAGGAGGUUGUGGACCCGCUUACGCCGUACAGGGUCUGGGCACCCGCAUCGAUUGUGCAGCUUGUGCGUCCGGACUUGGUGGAGAAGUUCGAAGGAGGCGAGGCGAAGAAGGCUAUGAAGGCGGCCAAGACCGCACGGGCUGCGGAGAAGCCGGGUGGUGACGGUAUGGCCACAAGGACUGGUGACAGGGCGAGGAGGACGAAGAAAAAGGCGCCCGCGGACUUCCCGCUGGGCGCGUUCGACGCUGAUUUGGAGACCUUCGACAUCGGGAAUGUGUCGGGGCCCGACGAUGGCGCACCAACGAUCCUUGCUCGCCCGGGGCGUUCAAAGCUUACAACGAAGUCGAAGGCGGCGGGCAAGUCUGGCGCGACAGCGGGUCGUUCGUGCAAGAAGGCUCCGGCACCAUUCUUGUCACUCCGCAGCGACAGCGUCGACUACGAAGACGAUCUACCGCAUACUGCCCCACCGAACCCACCUCAGCCCAAAGCAUCCACUUCAUAUCACCCGCUUUACCUGGAAGACGAAGACUCGCUCGACAUUCCUCCUCUACCGGCGUUCAACUCACGCUCAAGACCUGCUUCGCAACCUCCGUUGUAUACGGAAGACGAAGAGUUGUUCGACAUUGACCCGCUGCCUCGCUUUAGCUCGCAGCGCAAGCCACCACCCAGGGUCCCCAUAUACCUCGAGGACAAAUGUUUGGAUAACGCUGCGCCCCGACCUGUAUUCAGCUCGCAGCCUGUCGCCGGGCUGUCGAACACCGUGAAGAGCUUCUUCGGAGUCAGCAAGUCUAAGGCGGCGGCGGCGAAAGGCAAAGAUCCAGCAACACCCACUACCGUCCGACGGACAGUGGAUCUGACUGUUCGUUGCCUGCCGGACUCCUCGAUUACCACGUCCUCAACCGUCGUAUCACGCGCCGUCGCGUCCACAGCUUCAACACGUAUUGCGGCAAGCGGUGGUUCAUCGGCGGUACUAGAACACCUCGACCAAGCCUUCGCCGGAUUGCGCAAGCUCACCCGAACAACGCCGUCCACUUCCACCAUCUCGACGACGCCAUUUGUAGCACAACCUUUCCCACUCGCCUUCGAGCCCGAGAAACCCUUCUCAGACGAUGGCGACCGAGCCGCACUACCUCCCCCACCACUACCACCUCGAUACGCGCACAUCGAACGAACCCCUCCCGGUCGACGAGCCCGCACACCAUCUCUCACACGCUCCUCCAAUACCAAUACCCCGCGCAAGUCGCCCCGGCAUAAUGCCCGACACUCAUCGCCACGAAGAACAGAUAUCAUUGAGCUAAGCUCAUGUCCGACGGCAUCUCCUCCACGUAAACCACCCCGCUCGCCACCUCGUCAUAGGAAACCAUCUCCUACACAUCGACCGCGCAAGAUCGACGUUUCUGUCAUCGAGAUCGAUUCGACUUCGAACUCGGGAGAUGAGGAUGCGAUCAGGCCUUCGGUUAGCGCUGUGGCUGCGUCGGCUAUGACACGCACGCCGGCGCUUUCCCCCAAGGGUGGCACUGCGAGCCGGAAACCGCUUGUUCCUACGUAG